AUGAUACAUAUACUGUAUACAUUUGUAUUUUGUCACUUCCUCUUGACUGAUGUCCCGUCGUUUACGUGAUAAGAGGCAACUUGCACGCAGGUUAUGUACGGCAAUUGUCAGCAAUGAUGUUUUGAGACGGUUUUCCUCGCCGUGAUAAUCGCUGUGGUCGUUCGAGAGUUUCGCCCGUGCCCUCGUAAGAAAAGCGAAGUUGUUGCUUGACGUGAUCGCGCAGUGAUUUAACCCCAAUCCCUUUCUGGCAAUGUCAAGAAGCGUAUGCCAGAGAAACACGAAUUGUGCGACGUUCUGUAAUAAUUGAGAUUGAUAAGAAUGGCUGACGAAGUGGCAGAGACACUACGCGGUCUCGGUAACGAGGAGGGCGAGUGCAUUGUAGACGCCGAGAUCGACGGCGAUGACGAGGACUCGGACGGGAUCAUAGUUCCGGAACUUCAGGGUACACUAUCCAAAUGGACAAAUUACAUACAUGGCUGGCAAACUAGAUUUAUUGUACUCAAAGAUGGUACUUUAUCUUAUUACAAAUCUGAGCAGGACAGCGGAUUUGGAUGUCGUGGCUCGAUUAGCCUGUACAAAGCAAAUAUCAAGGCACAUCAAUUUGACGAAUGUAGAUUUGAUGUGUCUGUAAACGAUUGCCUAGUCUGGUAUCUAAGAGCAAGCAAUCCAGAGGAGAAGCAGCGGUGGGUAGACGUUUUAAAGUCUUACAAGUCCGAGUCUGGUUACGGGAGCGAAAACAGCCUCAAACGACAUGGCAGUGCCAUUUCGCUUGUAUCGAAUACACAAUCGACAACGAGCGCUGGUAGUUUUACUAAGCGCGGUGUUAGAGGAUUAAAAGAAAAAUUGGCUGAGAUUGAGACCUUCAGAGACAUACUGAUCAAACAGAUCGACACCCUACAGAAAUAUUUCGAUAACUGUGCAGAAAAUGCUAAGAAUACUUCCAAAAAAGAGAAGAAAGCUGAGACGAUGUUUAACCCAGCCGAACAAUCAGUGGAUUUUAAAGGAGAAGCGAUAACGUUCAAAGCCACCAGUGAGGGGGUAUUGGCGACCUUACAACAUUGCGUCGAAUUGAUGAUACAACGAGAAGAUGCAUGGCGCCGUAGAUGGGAGAAGGAGGUUGAAAAGAAACGGAAACUGCAGGAACUUUAUAAAGCUCUGAAAGAUCAAGUUGCCAUGCAUCACAACGGCUCCCCGAGACCCAGGGUUGUCAUCCAUGGAGGUCCUGACUAUGAGGAAGGUCCGCACAGUGCUCUUUGCGACGAGGAAUUUUACGAUGCUGUUGAAACCGGUUUGGACAAAAUCGAGGAAGAAAAUCAAUUAAGAGACCGUUUGAAACAAAAAUCUGUUUCGAUUUUGACUUCCCCUACCACCACCACAGCUUCUACACAUAGGCUUUGGCCUGAGAUAGAGAAGAUUACAAUGGAACAAUUACAUUACGCUCGACUGGGCGUAGGCGGAGCAGGUAGUUGGCAAUUAUUUGCCGAGGACGGUGAUAUGCGAAUGUACCGACGAGAAGAGGAAGCCGACGGACUAGUCGUGGAUCCUCUGAAAGCCUGUCACGUCGUAAAAGGCGUGACUGGUCAUGAGGUUUGCGAGAUAUUCUUCAGCCCCGAAUACAGGAGUGGUUGGGAAGCUACUCUAGAGGACAUGACGGUCGUUGAGAAUAUCUCGAAGGACACGCUGUUAUUCCUACAAACGCACAAACGCAUCUGGCCGGCGAGUCAACGAGAUGCACUAUUCUGGUCGCACAUGCGCCGCGUUUCGGACGAUCAAGAUCACGAUGCUCAGGAUCUGUGGAUAGUUUGUAACCACAGCACCGAACAUCCCGAUUAUCCGGCAAACACGGGUAAGUGCGUGAGAGUUUACUUGACGGUUUGUCUCGUAUGCCAAACGUUUAUCGAUCCUCCAAAGGACGAGGAGGAAAUCAAAAGGGAGAAUAUUACAUGUAAAAUUACAUACUGUUCAGUUGUAAAUCCGGGUGGGUGGGCCCCGGCGGCCGUUUUGCGGGCCGUUUACAAGAGGGAGUAUCCAAAGUUCCUCAAGCGUUUCACUAAUUUUUGUAUCGAUCAAUGCAAAACUAAGCCGAUCACAUUCUGAACGCGAUUAAUAAAAAAGAAACUUGAAUGUUUUCCAUCCAAUUUUCCUUACUCAUUAUCUUGAAGUGUCUUUAUUAAGAUUAUUAUUGUAAAGAUAACAAUUUGUAUUGUUACAUACUCUGUAAGAAUUGUAAAACGACGUAAACGAGACACUGUGUUUUCUAUAUUACCUUUUCUUUUUUAUCUGCUUAAGAUCGUUGCAUCGCGCAAUUGUAUCGUCGCAAAUCGAGCGGACGAGUGGUUGUAUUAAAAGCUAUUUGCAGUAC